UCUACUCUCUACUUCCAGAAAAAAUUGAUUUAUUUGAUUGUCCGAAACAACAAUUGGAAACAACAAUUCGAAUGGAUGAUGGAUGAUAUUUGCUAAAAAAUUUUUGAUUCUGUUGUAGAACCCUGGCUAGGAAGAUUAUUCUUUCAUGGGAGCGAGUUUUGAAAUGCAUGACAUAAAAUUUGAUAUCUGAAUAGCUUGUCUGUUAUAUUGAAAAAUCAUCGAAGUGUGCUGCAUGCCAAUUCGAAACUUCAAACCCUUAAUGCAUUUUUAACAUAUUCUGGCAUUAAAGAGGCAUAUUGAUCAAUAUAUUGCUGCAUAUAGGUCACCAUCCCUUCUUUGCUGUAAUUUGUAUUCUGUUAAAUUGCAGAUCAUACAGAAGCAUUGGGAGAUACUGCUCCGAUAACAUGGUCGACAAAGUGCCAUUCACUAUGUAUUCCCAUGACGGAUACGCAAAGAUCGUCUUCAAAUCAGACAGCUCAAUUACACGGUCAGGCUUUGUAGUGGCAUACGAGUUAAAAAGCAAAUCAUUAUCAAGGAUGGGUGUUUACCCCAGUUCCAUGUGCCAUAACACUGGCUCGUCUUCAGCAGCAAUUUACUAUUCCGCUGGUUGGCCGUCAGGUUACUUAUCAAGUAGCACUCCAUGUUGGAAAAAGCAUUACUCCGGUAAUUUUUCCUUGAGGGUUGCUGUUAUGGAUGUUUCAUUGUACAGAAGAUCUUCUUUCUACUGUUACUCAACUGAUCCCCACUUUGAAGUAAAAGCUUCUUCGAUGAGCUACUCUUCGAACACAUCGAUCCAUUCUUAUGGCACUUCUGUUAGUGGCAGGAUCUGCGGAACAAAGUCACCAACGUUUUACACCGCCAAGAAAAGCUAUGUUUACUUCUACUACCACAGACCACUGUCUAUGUUUACUUCGUCUUCUACCUAUCGAGGAAUCAUGAUAGGCUACAUGGCGUACAGUGAAAGGUCGUCCUCUCCUCCAUUGGCCACUGCAUCUUUUGCAGUUGUUAUUUCUGCCGCCGUAGGAAGUGCUGUUGCUAUAUUGGUAUGGCUGCAGUAGUCUUUGCCACAGACCCAGUCG